GUUUAUCCAUAAUCAAGGAGGUCUCCUCUCCUCACCUAGGUCUUCAUCAGAAUCGAAAGCAAAUCAAUCAGAAGUCACACCAUAGAGAAAUCAGCAAAGCUCCACGAUCAUUAACAAGUAGAGAGAUUGAUUUAUUCGAACUCAAUCAAGCGAAACCCUCUUUAUAGAUUUGGGUACGUAUCCUCUCUCCGGUUAAGAGGUGAAGAGGAGGGAUGAGGAAAGAGGAGAAUAAUAAUCAUCAAACAGAUAAUAAAAGUCGGGAUCUUCCGAAAUGGGUCUGCCAGAAAUGUCAGCACUCUCUUACCAUCGUCGGCGUCGAUUCCUACGCCGGCAAAUUCUGCAACGAUUCCCCUCCUUCCGCAGCAAUGCAAGGCUCUUCCAUCCAUGGAGCCAACAGUGUUCUUGGUUCAACACGCAUGGACAACUCUUUUGUUGUUCUACCUCGACACAAGCCUCAAGCUCAGGGAAUUCCUCCACGGCCUCGUGGGGCUUCUUCUCCUCAGCCUCACGAUGCAACCCACUCUGGGAAGGCAAUGGAUGAAUCGUUUGUUGUCGUGUAUAAGUCUGAGUCAGCUUCUGACUCAGGAGCCGCUUCUCAAAAUACGUUGUCUUCGGUUGAAGUGGGCCAGAAUGGUCCGUUGCAUUCAAAUACUUCUGGGUUUAAUUCGAGUAUCAAUGUCUUAAACCGUGCGUUCGAUAUCGCAAGAACUCAGACACAGGUUGAACAGCCGUUGUGCCUGGAAUGCAUGAGGGUACUGUCUGAUAAACUUGAAAAGGAAGUCGAGGAUGUGACGAGAGACGUGGAAGCAUACGAAGCAUGCGUCCAACGGUUAGAAGGAGAGACCCAAGAUGUGCUUAGUGAAGCUGAUUUUCUCAGGGAAAAGAGGAAGAUUGAAGAAGAAGAAAGAAAGCUUGUUGCAGCUAUAGAAGAAUCAGAGAAGCAAAACGCUGAGGUGAACCGUCAGCUGAAGGAACUUGAAUCAAAGGGAAAUCGCUUUAACGAACUUGAAGAUCGGUAUUGGCAAGAGUUCAACAAUUUCCAGUGUCAACUUAUAGCUCAUCAGGAAGAGAGAGAUGCAAUAUUGGCAAAGAUCGAAGUCUCACAAGCACAUUUAGAGUUAUUAAAUAAGACAAAUGUACUGAUUGAUGCCUUCCCCAUACGGUACGACGGAGAUUUUGGUACAAUCAACAAUUUUCGACUUGGGAGACUCCCUAAAGCACCGGUUGAGUGGGAUGAGAUCAAUGCUGCUUGGGGACAAGCCUGUCUUCUCCUCCACACCAUGUGUAACUACUUCCGGCCAAAGUUUCAAUGCCGAGUCAAAAUACAGCCAAUGGGAAGUUAUCCUAGAAUUGUGGACAGCACCAACAGCACUUAUGAGCUGUUUGGUCCUGUAAACUUGUUUUGGAGCACUAGAUACGAUAAAGCCAUGACGUUGUAUCUGAUAUGUCUUAAAGACUUUGCUGAUUUCGCAAACGCAAAGGACCAAGAGAACAAUAUUCCACCAGAGAAAUGCCUCAAACUCCCAUUCAAAAUCGAAAAUGACAAAGUGGAGUCAUAUUCAAUAACGCAGAGCUUUAACAAGCAAGAGAACUGGACCAAAGCACUGAAGUAUACUCUUUGCAACCUGAAAUGGGCUCUCUAUUGGUUCGUUGGGAACACUAACUUCCAGCCUCUCUCUGCAACGGUCUCUUUGCCUUCUGAUGUAUCAGCAGCUGGUUCCUUGUACGCCAAGCGUGGUCCUGGUUCUAAUAACCCGUCUAGUAAAACCUCAAGAAACUAGUGAGGGUAACAAAAUGAAACUAGCGACUUUGUAUGAUGAAGCAUUUGCUCUUAUAGCAUCGAAUAAUAAGAAACACUGAUGCUUAUAACUUAUUGUACAGCCUCGUUCACAUUGUGUGUAUUAUAUGAACUUUAUAGUUUGUUGGUUUUCUAGUUUC